AUGCCUAAAGACAGACAUUCUGGCUCUACCCGUGAAUUCGUCAACGGCAUUUGUAAGAAACCCUGGAACUUGGACAAAGCCAAGGAUACACGGAGUGUAUCUGUCCCUGCGGAUACCCACGGCCUGCGAGGUACGUUCAUCCCUCAGAAAAGGCCUGGCUCUGGGAUCACGGAAGCCACGUCCUCUCGGCGUCAAAGGCCCACCCGCCGGCUCCAGGGCCAGUUACCAGGGCAGGAAAAGAGGGUCCUGAAGGCCACAGAAGGCAUCGCGAACCCCAGUUGGGGCUGGGUAGGAGCUGUGUCCCCACUCCGCGCUUCACUUACCUCGUUGGAGCCUCGGGGUCUCCGGGCGGCGAGUCGGGGGACGCGCUGGCCGCAGGGCGGUGGCUGGGGUCGGGCGCCAGCCCGGCGCACAGCCCCCUCCCCCGACUCGGCGCCGCCCCUACCCCAAAGCAAACGCUGGAGAACCCGGAAAUUGCCCAGAACGGGAACCGACUUUCGCGCCAACCGCGCGGCCGCGCUUGCCUUUUCCGGUGGAAGUGACGCCAUCGGCAGCUGCAGCAGAAGAGCGGAAAUGUCAAAAGUGGAGAGCCUAAAGAUAGUAAUGAGCGGCUUGAGUCUUAAGUUUUUGAAUACACCGAUGGAAGGUGACAAAGAUUCUUUGCUUGGCCAAACUUUAGUCAGACUCCUCAACCUUCUCGUAGGUUUGUCUGUGCAUUUCCUUGGAAAAUCCAGUUAGAACCCUCUACCCUCAAUAUCUGAUCAGGUUCCUCACCCUCUACCAUCCAAGGUGAUGUCUGAUCACCUUGACCUAUUUUCAGCAAGAAACCCCUUUACUCCUGAAGUUCCUUCUUAGUAAUUUUUUAUCCAGUGACCCCAAGCUUUUGUUCCUUGGCUAUAAAUUCCCACUUGCCCAUGCUGUAUUUAGAGUUGAGCCCACUCUCUCUCUCCUAAUUCAGAAUCCCAUUGCCAUGGUUGCUAUACCUAUCCUGAUGAUCCUGAAUAAAAUCUGUCUUACUGUGCUUUAAUAAAUAUCAUUAAUUUUUUUUUUUUUUUUUUACCAGAAAUGAGUCAGAAUCAAUUAACACUGGGGCUCAAAGCUAAAGGCCUAUUGUUGGGGGAAGGGUGAAGAAAGCCUUAAAAACAAAAAUCAUUAGAGGUGGGGAAAAAAAAAAAAAGAAACCACAGUUAAUUGUUAAAGUGCAAAUCUGACCUGAAUCUGUAAUAACAAUUAAUAUUUCUAGGGCACUUUACAGUUAACAUGGGACUCCUGCUCACACUAUUCCCGUUUACUCUUUUCAGCAACCCUAUAAUAGAUGGGUAUCAUUGUCUCAUGUUAUGGAGAUGGGGAAAGUGAAGUUCAGGGACUGUGUCACUUGCCCGUGCCUUUCCUGACACACCACGCUGCUCCUGGGCGUGUGCUGUCUGCCCAUCUCUGUGUGAAGUUCCACACCGGGGAGGGAGCCCAUUCCUGGCAUUUCUGGGCCAAGUAGAGACCUCACAAGAGAAGGAGAUUCAUAGAUGCUGCUAAUGAAGAUGAAGAAAAUGCACCCGUUAGCUUUUACCCAGCUGGAACUUGAUACAAGAGGAGUGACCUGUCUUUAGAGUAAGAGUUCACCACUAGGGGGCAAGUUCUCCCAUCUUGUGUCUCCAGGUAAGCAGAGAGGGUCUGUCUCUAGUACCUACUCCUGGAAAAUGGAUAAAGCAGUGGUUCUGAUGUGUAGUGUCUGGACCAGCAGCAUCGGCAUCUCCUGGGAAUUUUGGGGGAAUGAAAAUUCUUGGGCUCAACUUCAGACUUAUUAAGUCAGGAGCACUUGGGGUAGGGCUAGCAAUCUGUGCCCUUCAGGUGAUUUUGAUACAUAUUAAAGUUUGCUUGAACAGCAGUCCUUCAGGAAAGGGUGAAAUGGUUAGUAUCCACGGAGGAUUGAUUCCAAGGCCCCCUACAGAUAACAAAAUCUGAAGAUGCUCAAGUAACUUAUAUAUAACCUGUGCACAUACUCCCAUGUACUUUUUUUUUCUUUUUUUUGAGACGGAGUCUCACUCUGUUGUCCAGGUUGGAGUGCAGUGGCACAAUGUCUGCUCACUGCAACCUCCACCCCCGGGGUUCAAGCGAUUCUCCUGCCUCAGCCUCCCAAGUAGCUGGGAUUACAGGCGUCUGCCAUCGCACCCGGCUAAUUUUUGCAUUUUUAGUGGAGACGGGUUUCACCUUGUUGGCCAGGCUGGUCUUGAACUCCUGACCUCGUGAUUCACCUGACUCAGCCUCCCAAAGUGCUGGGAUUACAGGCAUAAGUCACUGCGCCUGGCCACUCCCAUGUACUUUAAAUAAUCACUAGGUUACUUAUAAUACCUGAUGCUAUGUAAAUGCUAUGUAAAUGGUUGUUAUACUGUAUUUUUAAAUUUUGUUUUUUUAUUGUUGUAUUUUUUCUACUAUGGCAAAUUUUACAUACAAAUUGUAUUUUUUUCUGAAUAUUUUUGAUCCCCGGUUGGUUGACCUCCUCAGAUGUGGAACCCACAGAUACAAGGAACUAACUGUAUAUGGGUUUGUGGUCCCUGAAGACUUUGGUGAAAACAGGGAAAGGUUAUGAUAUGCCCUCGGAAGCUGAGGUUUCGGUGCUUGCUUUGGCAGCAUGUUUACUGAAAAAAAAAUGGAAUGAUACAGAGAUAAGCAUUGCCCAUGUGCAAGGAUGACAUGCAAAUUUGUGAAGCAUUCCAUAUUUGCCGGUCGUGGUGACUCUCGCCUGUAAUUCUAGUACUUUAGGAGGCCCAGGCUGGAGGAUCACUUGAGGCUGAGAGUUCGAGACCAGCCUAGGCAACAUAGCAAGACCCCCCAUCUCUAAUAUUUACAAACUUUUUUAAAAAAGAAGCUGGGGACCGGGUGCUAUGGCUUACAUCUGUAAUCCUAGGACUUUGGAAGGCCAAGGUGGGCAGAUUGCUUGAGCCCCGGACUUUGAGACCAACCUGGGCAACAUGGUGAAACCUCAUCUCUACAAAAAAUACAAAAAUGAGCUGAACGUGGUGGCGGGCAUCUGUAGUCUCAGCUACUCAGGAGGCUGAGGUGGGAGGAUCACCUGAGCCUAGGAGGUCAAGGCUAUGGUGAGUCAUGAUCAUGCCACUGCAUUCCAGCCUGGGAUAACAGAGCGAGACCCUAUCUCAAAAAAAAAAGAAAGAAAAAGAAAAAAAAAUGUACUUGGGGUUGGGAAUUAACUUUGCCCUCACUUUCCUGGCAUUUAGGGUCAGUUUCCUGUUUCUCUGGCACUUCUGUCACUUAGAGCCAGUCUCUCCAGACCCUGCUUGGGGUGACAUUAUGGGCAACUUUAUCUGUUUAUAGAAUGGAAAAGGAGGCCGGGAGUGGUGGCUCAUGCCUGUAAUCCCAGCACUUUGGGAGGCCGAGGUGGGCAGAUCAUCUGAGAUCGGGAGUUCGAGACCAGCCUGACCAACAUGAAGAAACCCAUCUCUACUGAAAAUAAAAAAAAAUUAGCUAGGCAUGGUGGCAGGCGCCUGUACUUGGGAGGAUGAGACAGGAGAAUUGCUUGAACCCAGGAGGCGGAGGUUGUGGUGAGCCGAGAUUGCACCAUAGCACUCCAGCCUGGGCAAAAAGAGCGAAACUCCAUCUCAAAAAAAAAAAAAAAAAAAGAAUGGGAAAGAAAACACAGGAAACAAAUAUGACAAAAUAGUUACUUUUACAAUAUGGGUGGUGGGAAUAUGAAUAUUUAUUAUAUUUUACUACAUAGAUAAUAUUUCUCAAAAUUAAAGCCAAACUAAAAAUAGGUUUUUUGAGUUAUAGAG